CCCGCAGCCAGCAGGUUAGGUUGCGCCGAGAGGCGGCAGGCGGCGCGACGACGAGCGGGCGAUGGCCGACGAGGAGCCUCUACCCUCGGGCUGGGAGAAGCGGAUGAGCCGCAAGUCAGGUCGCAUUUACUUCUUCAAUCAUAUAACUAACAAGAGUCAAUGGGAGCGACCCAAAGCGGGUGGAAAUCACAAUUCCGUCGAGCCUGACAAAGUCCGGUGCUCGCACCUCUUGGUGAAGCACAACCAGUCACGCCGUCCGUCAUCAUGGAGGCAGGAGGAAAUUACACGCAGCAAAGAGGAAGCGCUGGAAACAUUGAAUGAGUAUAUCCAAACGAUCAAAUCUGGAGAUUCCUCAUUUGAAAGCUUAGCAUCCAAAUACAGUGAUUGCAGCUCUGCAAGAGAAGGGGGCGAUCUGGGCUAUUUUGGCAAAGGUCAAAUGCAGAGGCCGUUUGAGGAAGCCACAUAUUCGCUGAAGAUUGGAGAAAUGAGCAAUCCAGUGUUUACAGAUUCUGGUAUUCAUAUCAUCCUCCGUACUGCUUAAGGUGCCUCCCUUUGAUUUGUCUUUACAGAGUGAAUCACCCAGCCACUGCUGAAGACAGUUUAUGGAAACGUUCACCCACCUUGCUUCCGGCAUCCCUAGUAUUUUAAUAAUUUUGACAUUUUGUCCAGUGCGUUUGCAGGCACUUGUGACGGCAGCAGUUAGAGGAAGGAACUGACCUUAAUUAUAUAAACGGAGUCUUUAAAAUAACGCUGUCUCUAUGCAGCGGUCCACAUGUUGAUCCAAUGCCUGGGGGUGAGUGCAGGUUUGUGCCAGUCUGCGCCAUAUUGCCGUUACUCUGUUGUACACGCUUCUGCUAUAUAAUGUGUUGAAGACCAUUUGAAUUUUAUUGGAGUAACGCAGGCUUAAUUUAGACAAGAUUAAUGUUUAUUUUCCCGGCACUGAGAAAUUGUGGGUGAAUUUAGUAUCCCUCUGUUUAUUGCUUUAGUCAUUACAAGUUACACUAAUGCACAAGUUCAUAUGGUGUAUGUGUUUAUUCUCUUAUAUUGGAGGUAGUGCCUGUUAAGGCUUUUGUUUGUAGUUAAAGCAGGACCCUUUACCACUUCCACGGAAAUGCAUAAGCAUUGAUAUGCGGGGAGUACUUUUAACUCAUCAUCAUUUAGCUUCUGUGCUCUUGGUAUGCAGUAUUGCUGCUGAUCUUUGACCAUUGCAUGGUCAGUGGUUGUAUAGGUAAACUUUAUUCUCCACCCCUCCUCCCCCCUCUGACCAUUCCACAAGGUACUGAUAGAAAUGCAGUUCUGAAAAGUUAAUUGUCGGUAUCUGAACUACGGGUAAAGAGAAUCAUUUUUCUCUUUUCUGUUGCAAAGAUCCUUUUAGGCUGGUUAGCGUUGGUGUGCAUGCAUGUCUUCUUAAAGUGCACCAAAGCUACGACAUGAAAUUGGGGUUAUGGGAAAUGUAAGGAUACAUUUGUCUGGCUAAGUCAAAAUAAAGAAAUUCCUCAAAAUA